AUGAAGGAUGGAUUGCUGUCGGGAAUGGUCCAAGAUCACCGGAGGAACGCCGCCGAUAAUUCUAUAGAGGAAUGGAAGCUCAAACCAGAAGAACGCAGCCAACCUGAGGAGGAAGACGUGAUCCGUAGCUACUUCCUGUAUUUCAAUGUUUUGCUUCAAAUGUUACAUGCUAUAAAUUGCAGGUACUAUACCGAUCCAUCUGGCACAUUCUGGCAAUGCAAUGCAAAAGCAAUAGGAUCUGGAUCCGAAGGAGCUGAUAGUUCUCUUCAAGAGCAAUACAACAAGGACCUGUCCCUUCUGGAAGCUGAAACUAUAGCUCUUUCCAUCCUGAAACAAGUCAUGGAAGAAAAGGUAACCCCUAAUAAUGUUGACAUUGCAAAGGUGGCUCCUACUUACCAUCUAUAUACACCUGCCGAGGUUAAAGAUGUCAUUUCUCGCCUUUGAUCGGCAAGGCCAUUUAUCUUGUUAUCUGCGUUUCUUCGUACUUCAUACUACUUGCUAGAUUGCUGUUUAAUUGUGC